GAGAGAGAGAGAGAGAGAGAGAGAGAGAGAGAGAGGAAGAAACGCGAGACGGCUUUUGAUCGUUGGAUAGAAAUAGGCUACAGAAAUCGAGUCUAGCGCUUCUGGAAACUUUAAUCAUCUUGACAUCUCCCAGAGGAUUUUUGUCUGAUUUAGGACCACGCAAACCGGAGAUACAGUUGGACAUCAUCGGUUCGGUUCACAUUGCCGCCGGCCAGGUCACAUCAGCGAGUGAACGAGACCGGGAUCCACAGACCGGGUGGCCGGGACAAGAGCUGCGUGUGUCGGCAGAGAGAAGCUCAGCAUCAGCCUUCACACAAUCAAAACUGACAGACUGAAAUUGAAAGUUUGUGACUGUAAUGUGAGUCAUUUAAUGCUUUUAACAAACAAUAUAUUUUAAAAUAAAUAAAUAAAUGAACAAUUAACUAUGAAAACGGGACGUAAUAUUGGCAGCUAUACUUUGACACUCUAUAAACUUUGAGUUCACAUUACAGAGACAAAAUUAAGCUUUAUUCCUCUCACAGUUAUACUUAUUUUUUACAACUACUACUACUACUAUUACUAUCAUAAUCUGUUUUAUAGCAUGUAGCCUAAUUAUAAAAUAUUUGAAGCAAUCCACACACACACACACACACUCAGAAUGCCUCCUUGCUGGUGUCACUGCCGUGUUUGCUGACGUUGGAGCUCAUUGUACAGGGACUGAGGGGAAGCCGCCUGUAGUCAGAGCACCAUGUGUCGCUGUGCUGGCUCUGUCACUGCCGGGUCAAUCCUACUGAGUGAAACUGACACGGGGAGGGGGGGCCAGCCCCACAGACCGCCUCACCCUCUUACCCCGUCCUGAAACACACUCUCACCACCACACACACGGACAAACGCCGGGCUAGCCGGCUGAGGGUAUGGGCAACUCGUCCCGAAAAGAGCCCGAGGACGAAGGAGGAGAGGAAAAGGAGAAGAAGGUUAAAGAGAAUGGAGAUGAAGAAGAGGAGGAGGAGGAAGAAGAGGAGGUCGUGGAGGACGAGGAGCUGCCUCUCGGAGUCGAUGAGCUCUUGGCGAGCGGAGAUCCCGUUUUGGACUUGAGCUACUACAAGUUUCGUCGACUUCCUCGUCAAGUCCUGGAUCUGGAGUACCUGGAGAAGCUCUACGUCUGUGGAAACCGUCUCCGCGACGUCCCUAAGCGCAUCACGCGGCUGCAGGGUUUGCGAACCCUGGCACUAGACUUCAAUAAGAUUGAAGACGUUCCCCUCUCUGUGUGCAAGCUGACCAAUCUCACGUGUCUUUACCUGGGAAGCAACCGGCUGAUGAGCCUCCCGCCGGAAGUGAGGAACUUGCAGAGCUUGCGUUGCCUCUGGGUGGAGAGCAACUACUUCCAGCAAUUCCCCAAGCAGUUGUACGACCUUCCCAAUCUACGCUCCCUGCAGAUUGGGGACAACCGUAUGCGCACCCUUCCCUCGGACCUAUGUCGUAUGGAGGCCCUGAGAGGACUCUGGUUGUAUGGAAACCGCUUUUCCGAGUUUCCGCGAGUGCUCCUCAAAAUGGAGCAGCUGGAGAUUCUGGACAUGGACCGCAAUAAGAUUACAGAGUUCCCAAACUUGCAUCAUCUUCCUGCGCUGCGGCUCUUCUCCUACGACCACAACCCUGUGAAGGAGCCUCCACGUGUAGGGAAGGAGGUGCUAAUUGUCGGGGAGGGGGCUGAGGAGGUCUUGCAGGCUAGAGAGAGAAGGAAAGAGGCAAAAGAGCGUGCCGAGAAGGAAGCAGAGGAGGCGGCGGCCGCUGCGGAGGCGGCUGCUAAUCCAGUCAUUCACGGGAUACUCAAGAAACUCAGAAUGAGCUCCGCCCUAAACUUGACAGUUACUAAGGAGAAAGAAACAAAUGGGUCGGUUCCAUCAACAACAGCGGAUGAGGAUGGACUAGAUAACGAGAAAGGGGCGGAGCCUGAGAGACAAAGUGUGGCGUUUCAUGAGGCAGAGCUUGGGUAUGACGAUGACGGAUUGGAGUAUGAAAGGGAGGAGCUAAUCUACGAGGGGGAGGGGUAUGAAGGCUACGAGGGGGCGGAGUUGGAGUAUGAGAGAGGCGAAAUGGAUUAUGAAUAUGAAGAGGAGGAGCAAGAACAAAAUUGAUACUUGCACCUUUUCUAUGGGUCAUGGUAGUCUACUUAUUAAAGCUGAAGUGUGUCUACAAACAGAAAUGCAGUUUGUUUCAGCAGCCAGUUUUUGCAAUUCUGUGGUGAAGAUGCCUCACACUUUACUCAUCUGAAGUAUUAUUGCAAGGGUUGCAGGUUCAAUCCCGAGGAUGAACUGGAGAGGAACUAAUUGGGGACCUGAUAAUGGCACUUAAGAUACCCCAGAAUGCUUUAUGGGGUUA